CAGCCGGUGCCCUGACCCAGCAUAAGUUACAAGAGCCACUUGCCAUUUGCACUUGCCAGCCAAGAUCAAGAUAGCCGGGGCCGAGCGAAGGGAACACUUGUUGCACUUGCAAUAGCUUUGCACGCAUCGCAGUAAGAUGAAGGGAAAAGUACAGACAGUAUGUGGUCUGGUGGAGCCGUCUUUUCUGGGCAGGACCCAUACCCACGAACACCUUUUCAUGGAAUUUGGAGACAUUUUUGUAACAGCAAAGCCAGAUGAGAAGUCCUUCGAAACCUGUGACUUUACCCUGCCCAACCUCGGCUGGAUUAGGCAGAAUCCGUACAGUAACAAAAAAAAUCUUAGUCUCAAUACACAAGAAGUCAAGGCAGUUGUAAUGAAGGAGAUGGAGCAGUUCAAGAAAUGUGGGGGUGGCACAAUAGUAGAGAACACCACCUAUGGAAUUCAGAGGAAUGUCAAAUAUUUGCGUGAGGUCUCUCUCACAUCUGGAGUCAACAUUAUAGCAGGAGCAGGAUAUUAUGUAUGGGCAACUCAGAAAAAGCACACUUUGGGAAUAUCUGUAGAAGAAAUGUCCAAAUCCAUUACACGUGACCUUACCAUUGGAUGUGAAGAGGCUCCUGAUGUCAAGUGUGGCAUAAUUGGAGAAGUUGGGUGCUCUUGGCCACUGUAUGACUUUGAACGCAAAUCCAUACAAGCCACUGGAGAGACACAAGAAAGCUUUGGCUGCCCAGUGAUGUUUCAUCCUGGCCGCCAUCAUACUGCUCCUGAGGAAAUUUUCCGUAUCUAUACCGAAGCAGGAGGAGAUGUCAAGAAAAUGGUGAUGGGACACCUAGACAGAACCAUACAUGACAUGACAGCUCUUGUAGAAUUUGCAUCUCUUGGAAGUUAUUGUGAAUUUGACUUGUUUGGCAUAGAAACUUCCCAUUAUCAGCUUGAAACAUCUAUUGACAUGCCCUCUGAUGCUCAACGUAUUCAGCGCAUCAAGCAUUUGGUGGAUAAUGGAUUUGAGGAUAAGAUUCUUAUAGCUCAUGAUAUACACACUCUUCAUCGCUUGGAAGCUUAUGGAGGGCAUGGUUUUUGUCACAUCCUGAAGAACAUUGUUCCGAAAAUGUUGGAUCGAGGAUUCACUCAAGAAAUAGUGGAUAAAAUCUUGGUUUCUAAUCCUAGUUCCUGGCUGAGUUUUACAAAAUAGUGUGAAUAAUUGUUGUUGUUAUCAUGGAAGAUUCAGCAUUACAGGUGAAGAAUCCAUGAUUCAGAAUAUUUUAAUGGAGGUGUUCUAUAUUCUUAUUUUUAUGAAUUUGGAAUAUAUUUUUAUUGAUAUAACAUUAUGUUCUGAAAAAAAAAAUGAUCUUAAUUAAAUUUAAAAUACAGUACACAUUGUAGAUGGAAAAUCCAUAACGAAACAUCAUGAAAAUGUUAUUGUAAUUACAUUGUAAUGAAGGAGGGGUACCAUAGAGGCUGUUUGUAUCACAUACAGGGGUUUAGAUCUCAGGAGAGAAGAUGGGGGAUGCAAGGAAACAAUAACUCCAACCAAGCUCUUUAUUUAGCAACAGGAAGGGAAACACUGAGGUGAUUAUUUACAAUCCUUGUUCCAUAUAGCUCCAACUACACACAGAAGAACUUCUCAACCUCUGUAUCACUUAAGCUCACAGAAUGCACACCGAAUCACUAACCCUAAUAAUCUCUUCACUUGCAUUCUGCUGGCAGGCUUGACAGAUAUGCUACAACCAUAAGAGACUGGUUGAGUUCCCAACACACACUUUUCUUGGAUGUCAGCAUGCCCCAUAUGGUAUUUAAUCACUUCACUUCUUACAGGCUUUAGAUGACUUCAGAAACUCACUUGUGUCCCUUGUGCUAAAUUCAGGCAGCAUCCCUCUCCCUUCUGUCUGAGCCCCUUAAUCUUUCCUUCACUGUUGCCACAAUAUGCACAUCCAUGUAUUGAUGAACUUACAUCACAUCCAUGACAAUAUCACUUGCUUUUGACACAAAAAUGUAAAGAAAUCAUUGAUGAUGUCAGCAGUCAAAUAUUUCCGGACUACAGUAGUUUAUAGCUUUCUACAAAAAGGAUUCUUAAUAUUGUCACCUUCAUAAAGAAAAUUGCUAAAUUAAUUUUCUAACAUUUUGUGAAAAUGAAAAUGAAAAAAAAAAAAAAAAUUUAACUUUGAUAUAAAUAAAUGUUAACCAUGAAUUUUAGGCAGCUCAUUCAAAACAAAUAAUUUAGGCACCGUAUCACAAAGAACUGAAUUAGUUGAAAAUCCAAAAAUUGCCCAAAAUUACAAAAGCAAUUAUUUUAUGAAUAUGACAAUAUGCAGUGUUGCAUCUCAUGGAAAGUGGUUGGUGCAUAAUAGUAUGAAACAUUCACUGUUAUUUGAAUGGUUUCCAUAUGUGUAUAUUCCUUUUAUUAUUAUUUUCAAUGUCAAAAUAUAGAAACUAAUAGUCAAAAACUAAUUAUAUUUAAGGUGAAAUCCCUUGAUUUUCAUAGGAUUUUAAUUUAUGUGCUUAGCUUUACUUAACAGAUGAAAUAUGUAAUGUCUUUACUGCAUUGCCUUGUGAAUCAGUUGGUGCUUGUGCUUCUUUUUCUCUCUAAAGGGAAGAGGAUCAUCCAGAUUUUAUUGGUGCUUUAAGUCAGGGCAGCUGAUCACCUAGUGCAUUAUUUCUCCUGACCCUAAAUAAAGAAUGCGUUAGUGCAAGUUGUGAUCAACAAUUA